GAAAAAGCAAAAUUUAUUCAACUUUGGGAAAAAGCACUAGUAUUUGAUUUGUUAAUGUUGGAGCUGUUUGGAAAACAUGACGAAAUCCAACGCAAAAAGGAAGAUGAAAUUAUGGAAGACUUUAGCUUUGCAUUGGCUGCUGCUGCAUAUUUUAGAUAUGGAUCUACUUUUGUUCAUCAUUCUGUCCCAAAAUCACCCAACUUUUUAAUAGAUGUAUUACCGCAUUUGGAUGAAAACAGGUUUCGAGAAAUUGUGCGAGUCAGCAAAACCACAUUUGAUUUUAUCAUUGAUCUGAUAAAGGAUGCCGAAGUGUUCAAUGGUCCACGUUCAUGUAAACAGUUCCCUAUCCAAAUUCAAUUGGCUGUAGUAAUGUACCGACUGGGUUCAUUUGGAGAAGGAUCAACAAUUACUAAAAUUGCUAGUUUGUUUGGUAUUAGCGAUGGUGCAGUAAUACAGGUGAGCUAUUUACAUAUGUAUCGGUUAAAAUUUGUGUUUCAGCUGUAUUUUAAAUUUCUCAAUAGGUCAUGACCAACAGAGUAUUUGAUGCAAUUAUUAAAAGGAAAACUCAGUUUCUGUUUUGGCCGGACCCUGUAGAGCGUAGAGCUUUAGUUGUUCAAACACUCAGUGAGCUACCAUAUUGUGUUGGCUACGUAGAUGGAACGAAGAUAAAAAUGGCGGAAAAACCCACUGUAGAUUGUGAAGCAUAUUUUUCUCGCAAGCAUAUAUAUUCACUUAAGGCUCAAUGUGUGUGUGACCACAAACUAGUAAUUUGUCAUAUGGUAUUGGGGUAUCCCGGUAGUGUU